AUGAAAGGCAGAGGAGAUGACCCGAUUGGGCCGAGCCCACAUGGGGAUCGCCAAAAAGGGGAAAGCCCCAACCGGGAGGGCCCAAACGCAGGUGCCCCCAAAGGGGAGGAAGACCAAAAUGAGCGAUCGCCAAACAAACACAGCAAAGGGAAAAAAGUGGACCAAUUAAUCAUCGAAGAUGUCGAAAACACAAUCAUCCCGUAUUACUUAUCCAACCUACUAACGAACGCAUCCAACCCAGUGGUAUUUAUGGACAUAAAUCUGGGGAACCAUUUUUUGGGAAAAUUCAAAUUCGAGCUCUUCCACAACAUUGUCCCAAAGACUAGCGAAAAUUUUAGACAAUUCUGCACAGGGGAAUACAAAGUAAAUAACCUCCCAGUGGGAUACAAAAAUACGACAUUUCACAGAGUCAUAAAAGAGUUCAUGAUUCAGGGGGGAGAUUUUGUGAACUACAAUGGAAGUGGAAGCUUAAGUAUUUAUGGAGAAAAUUUUGCAGACGAGAAUUUUGAUGUCAAACAUGAUAAAGAAGGACUACUCAGUAUGGCUAAUAGUGGACCGAAUACAAAUGGGUGUCAGUUUUUUAUUACGACGAAGAAAUGUGAAUGGCUUGAUGGGAAGAAUGUCGUUUUUGGAAGAAUCAUAGACAGUGACUCUUUAGUUUUGCUCAAAAAAAUUGAAAACGUUUCUGUUACGCCCUAUAUUUAUAAGCCAAAAAUUCCGAUUAAUAUCGUCGAGUGCGGGGAAUUGUAA